CCUGCAUCCCCUCGGCCCCCUGCACCCUUCAUCCCCCUGCAUCCCCUCGGCCCCCUCCAUCCCCUUAUCCCAGCGCAGUUCCCUCUACACUACGCACCCCUUUACGCCGAUGGCGCAGAGGCGGCGGGAAGCGGGCCGGGCCGGGCCGGGCCGGGCAGGAAGGGGCGGGCGGCGGCAUCGGCCGGAACGCGGUGGCGGCUUCUCGGUGCUCGGUUCUCGGGCCGGCGGCAGGUUUCAGACACAAGGACUGGCAGCUGUGGAUGUGUCUGCCCUCACAGCUUUCCCAGCUGAGGUGAAAAUGGCUGCAGAAGAGAAGUGGAAAGGUUGGAUUUCAAAACAGCGUAAGGAGGCUGAGCAGGCAGGGGAGAAAGAGCCAUGUGUGCUCCUGGGUCAGCAGCUGGGAGAGCUGGGAAGAUUUGCCUAUGCAGCACUUUGUGGUGUAUCUCUUGCCUGGCUGUUCCCUGAAAACGAGCAAAGCUCCUUCAGGACAGAAUUUAUUGAGGGCUUUGUGAAAUGGCUGGACCUGCCCGACGCUGUCCUACCUGCCAUGACAGCCUUUGCUGGUGGCUUAGGAGGUGAGGGCACAGAAUCUUUCACUGAGAUUUUGCUGAAGGACCCCAUCUUGGAAGAAAAUCCAGCUGUCAUUACCCAGGACCUUUUAUCUUUCUCUCUUCGAGAUGGGUACUACGAUGCUCGAGCCAGGGUAUUGAUAUGCCACAUCAGCCUGCUGCUGAGAAUCCCCUUGGAGGAGCUGGAAGUCCUGGAGGAAUCUCUGCUUGAGAGCCUGAAGGAACAAAAAGAGGAAGAGUCAGAAACCACAGAAGUCUCAAGAAAAAAGAAGGAAAGAAGGAAAAAGCUGAAGAGGUACCUGCUGAUCGGUCUGGCAACCGUUGGUGGUGGAACAGUGAUAGGUUUGACAGGGGGUCUGGCUGCCCCUCUGGUUGCUGCAGGAGCUGCCACAAUCAUUGGGAGUGCUGGAGCAGCUGCUUUGGGAUCGACUGCUGGGAUUGCUGUCAUGGCAUCCCUUUUUGGAGCAGCAGGAGCUGGUCUUACUGGAUACAAGAUGAAAAAACGUGUGGGAGCCAUAGAAGAGUUUGAAUUCCUCCCACUUACUGAAGGGAAGCAACUUCAUAUCACCAUAGCAAUUACUGGAUGGCUGUGUGCUGGCAAAUAUGGGAGCUUCACAGCACCAUGGAGCAGCAUGUUGCAGUCGAGUGAGCAGUACUGCCUGGCCUGGGAAUCCAAGUACUUGAUGGAGCUUGGCAAUGCCUUGGAUUCCCUGCUGAAUGGUUUUGUGAACAUGAUGGCUCAAGAAGCCCUAAAAUUCACUGUCUUGUCAGGGAUUGUGACGGCCUUGACGUGGCCAACUUCGCUCCUGACUGUUGCCAGUGUCAUUGACAACCCCUGGGGAGUGUGUCUGCACCGGUCUGCUGAAGUAGGCAAGCACCUUGCACAUAUCAUGCUCAGUCGACAGCAGGGGAAGAGACCUGUCACACUGAUUGGCUUCAGUCUGGGUGCAAGAGUCAUUUACUUCUGCCUGCAGGAAAUGGCUCAAGAGAAAGACUCCCAGGGGAUCAUUGAAGACGUCAUUUUACUGGGAGCUCCAGUGGAAGGAGAAGCCAAGCACUGGAAAGCUCUCACCAAAGUGGUGUCGGGCAGGAUCAUAAAUGGUUACUGCAGAGGGGAUUGGCUGCUGAGCUUUGUGUACAGAACCUCCUCUGUCCAGCUCAACGUCGCAGGACUCCAGCCAGUUGACCUGGAUGACAGGAGGAUGGUAAACAUGGACCUUUCCUCUGUAGUAAACGGCCACCUGGACUACAUGAAGCAGAUGGACACGAUCCUAAAAGCUGUGGGCAUUAAAACCAAGGAAUACCAGCCAGUAGAGAAGGGCAGUGGCAGUCUUUUCCCCCCUCUAGCCAAGAAAUCUCUGCGGGAAUCAGGCAGCAAGGCUCGGGGAGAGGAAAACACCAGGAAAGAGGAGGAUGAGGCUGGGGGUGAGGCUCUCCCAGCCAGCUGUGCUCACCGAGGGGAUUCCUCCAGCUCUCUCCUGGGAGAACCCUCUCUGCCCUGCCUGAACUGCUCCCACAGCAGGGACAGCAAGGACCAGGCAGCAGAAGAAGGAGCAAAUUAGAGCAGAGCUGCUUAGCCAGCACUAAAACCGCUGUCACAGCACCAGCUGUGACACUGGGAUUCCCCAGGGAUAGGGCCGGCGGAGCUGGAGCUGCAGUUUCCAGCCCCUCAAGUGAGCCUGGAGGGUGGCACUGGUUUGGCACUAGAUCAAAGCAUUCAGAGCAGCUGCCAACGGCGGCUCCCACGGACGAAAGAGGGGUGGUUCCUGCCUGUAUCUGCACUGCUCCUCAGGAAUCCGGGACAGAUCCCCGUCCAAAUCCUUGCAGGAAGCAGCUGUUCCCCCUCAGCACUGUGUCCCUAUAACUGAAAAGCAAAUGGCUCUGAGGGGAUUUUAAUCAUAUCACAGAGGGGGGCUCAUCACUAGGAAAUUAAAAGCGUUUUUUCCACUGGAGAUUGGUUUGGUUUGUGGAUUUCAGGUGUGUUGAGGGCUCUGCCUGCCCCACUUUGGGCAGAUCAGUGUCCACACUUCAGCUAUGCUGGCUGGGGAGGAGAAAGGCUCGGGCUGCCAGGGCACUUUCCAAUCUCCAAGACUGUUUUCCUGUCUCCAGGUUGAUGGCAAUGAGUGUUGGAGGGGCCCGUUCCUGUUAGAAACACAUUUGGGACCCUGGGUGACAGCAGCGGGAAAACUGAUGGCUUAUGAAACUUCCAGGCUCUCCAAGCCCAGCAACCCACUGACACUUUCCUUUUGAGUCACACACACAUCUCCAGCCUUAAAAGCCCCCUUUAUUUUUAAUUGGCUUAAAAUAAAACCCAUACUUGGCA